UAUGUUGGCUUCCUAUAUUCAUCCAUCAAGUAGGUUUUCUUAAUCAUACAAUAAUAAUACACACUAGUUGUUGAUUGUAUUUAAUUGUUGAUUGCAUUUAAUUUGUUGAUUGCAUUUAAUUGUUGAUUGUGAUUACUUUAAAUUCACUUUAGGCAUAAUAUCAUGUCAUAUAAAUGUAUACAAUAUAUGAUAUUUCGAGCAGGACAAGUGUGAGGAAUUUACAGAUUAUAUAACUUUUAUUGAUCUAUUUCAAUCCAGCAGGAAGCUUGAUUUUUCAAGCUACAGGGCAGAACUAAACUUCAAACAGCCAAUUCAAAUUUGUAUUUAUGCAUCCAUUGUAACUUUUACUGAACUUGUCUCACAGCAAAGCAGACUGAUCCAAAGAAAAGGAAAAUGCAAACUCAUAAACAAAAAAACCUAGACUCAGUGUUAACAAAAAUAAUUAUUGAUGGUUAUUACUUCAGCUUUUCAUUUUUUUUUUUUUUGUUUCAUGGUUUUUGGUAGUCUGUUGACAGUCUUAAUUCAUCUGAGUUUUAACUCAUCAGGUUGGCCUGUACAUAUUUUAUUACUAAGCUUAUUUUUUAUUUUUUGUUUCAUGGUUUUUGGUAGUCUGUUGACAGUCUUAAUUCAUCUGAGUUUUAACUCAUCAGGUUGGCCUGUACAUAUUUUAUUACUAAACUUAUUCAUUAUUUUUUGUUUCAUGGUUUUUGGUAGUCUGUUGACAGUCUUAAUUCAUCUGAGUUUUAACUCAUCAGGUUGGCCUGUACAUAUUUUAUUACUAAACUUAUUCAUUAUUUUUUGUUUCAUGGUUUUUGGUAGUCUGUUGACAGUCUUAAUUCAUCUGAGUUUUAACUCAUCAGGUUGGCCUGUACAUAUUUUAUUACUAAACUUAUUCAUUAUUUUUUGUUUCAUGGUUUUUGGUAGUCUGUUGACAGUCUUAAUUCAUCUGAGUUUUAACUCAUCAGGUUGGCCUGUACAUAUUUUAUUACUAAACUUAUUCAUUAUUUUUUGUUUCAUGGUUUUUGGUAGUCUGUUGACAGUCUUAAUUCAUCUGAGUUUUAACUCAUCAGGUUGGCCUGUACAUAUUUUAUUACUAAACUUAUUCAUUAUUUUUUGUUUCAUGGUUUUUGGUAGUCUGUUGACAGUCUUAAUUCAUCUGAGUUUUAACUCAUCAGGUUGGCCUGUACAUAUUUUAUUACUAAACUUAUUCAUUAUUUUUUGUUUCAUGGUUUUUGGUAGUCUGUUGACAGUCUUAAUUCAUCUGAGUUUUAACUCAUCAGGUUGGCCUGUACAUAUUUUAUUACUAAACUUAUUCAUUAUUUUUUGUUUCAUGGUUUUUGGUAGUCUGUUGACAGUCUUAAUUCAUCUGAGUUUUAACUCAUCAGGUUGGCCUGUACAUAUUUUAUUACUAAACUUAUUCAUUAUUUUUUGUUUCAUGGUUUUUGGUAGUCUGUUGACAGUCUUAAUUCAUCUGAGUUUUAACUCAUCAGGUUGGCCUGUACAUAUUUUAUUACUAAGCUUAUUCAUUAUUUUUUGUUUUGUCUGCAUAUUAAUUUAUUUAAUUUUAUUAUUACUCUUGACAGACUCCAGUAAAUCACAGAAAAGCAUAUUAUUAGGUAAAUAUGGAUCCAUAGUAGAAAUGAAGAAGAACAACAAGGUUGAAAAACCAGUGAUGUCACUCAAUGACCUCAGCAGCCACAUUUGUCAGCAUAUAGUCGGUAUGAAUCCUAAAACAGCCUGUGAAUACAUCCCGAGAGAAAAUAAAAAACCUGUGGAAGAAAAGAGGUUUGAUGAGGAAGAUAUCUUUAAUGAAGAUGGCUCAAGUGAGGCUGCUGUCCAAAUGCAGGUCGAAGUGGAGGAAGACAAGUUGCUGAAUCAAGAAUUUCUGCUGGACACCACCAUGACAGUCGGGGAACUUGUGUUGAUCAACGGGGUGGAAAUUUUGCAGUUUAGGCGUUUCGCUUGCGGAGAGGAGGUAGAAGGGGAAGCUAAAGCAGAGCAGUGAGACAUUUACCAAUAUGGGUUAACACUUGGGGUAGACUACAUAGAUGACAGCUUAAAGGUUAUCAGCAUUAUUUUGACCAGUUUUUGAGUAUUUCUUAAUGUAAUCAAGUAAAAGUGAGUGUCAUGUUUAAUAA